CGCAAAGAAGAAGAAAACGACGAGGAAGAGCAAUAUGACAACACAGCUGGCUAACUUGGGGAAAAUAAAACCGGUAAGAGGAAAGAGCCUUUAAAGCCUCCUGUUAAACAAUGUACCAGGCAGGAUGGGGCAGACCCUGUGUUUAUGCUCUCGUGGCUCCAUCACCAUCGAAAACAAAAAAUAUUACUUUGUUCAGAAGCUAGAUGAAGGAGGGUUCAGUUAUGUUGAUCUGGUGGAGGGGGUAAAGGAUGGACACUUCUAUGCUCUGAAGAGGAUCCUGUGUCAUGACAGAGAAGGUCGCCAGGAAGCUCAGACGGAAGUGGAAAUGCAUCACAUGUUCAAUCAUCCCAACAUCUUGAGUCUAGUUGCAUACAGCUUUGUUGAACAUGGGGGCAAGACUGAAGCCUGGCUUCUUUUGCCAUACAUAAGAAAAGGAAGUCUGUGGUCUGUACUUGAGAAGCUCAGAGACAAAGGGAGCUUAAUGCCUGAAAAACAGAUUUUGCAAAUCUUCCGGGGAAUCUGUUCUGGAUUGAAGACCGUUCAUGAAAAAGGUUAUGCACACAGAGACCUGAAGCCCACAAAUGUUCUUCUGGAUGAGGAUGAUAGGCCUGUCCUGAUGGAUCUGGGCUCAAUGAACCGUGCAAGAAUUGAGGUUAGGGGGUCCAGAGAAGCUAUGACCAUUCAGGACUGGGCAGCCCAGCGGUGCACCAUUUCCUACAGGGCUCCUGAGCUCUUCAAUGUAGAGAGUCACUGCAUUAUAGAUGAGCGCACUGAUAUCUGGUCACUUGGUUGUGUGCUGUAUUGCAUGAUGAUGUUGGAGGGACCAUAUGAUCUGAUAUUUCAGAAGGGGGACAGUGUUGCUUUGGCUGUUCAGAAUCCAGUGACCAUCCCGGCAUCAUGCAGUUAUUCAGAGGGUUUGCAAAUGCUGCUGAGCUCCAUAAUGGUAUCAAAUCCCCAAGAGAGACCAAACAUCAGCUGGGUGCUUGACCAGGUGCAGGACCUGCAGAGUCGCAGCCCAAACACCCAAACCAACAUGGUCUGAUCUAGCAUGGUGCUUUUUAUGUGGAUACCUUUUGCACACACUGAAAACCAUUUAUUGAUUUCAUUAUGAAAUUAUUUAAUUUCUUUAUUGAGAUGUAAAAGCCCAGGAACUGAUUUUCACUUUUCUCAGUAAGCUUGGCAAGCAUCUGGGAUUUUUAGAAUAAUCAUGAGCCUGACCUGCAUGUCACAGAACAUUCUUGUAGUCUUUGAUCAAAAUAAUUAAAGAUGCCUUAAGUAUAAUUACAUUUUGACGUGCAAUGCUUUUCAGAAGGGUCUAAAAUUGUGUGAUUAGUAGUGAGCUGGCUUUAUCUCGUCAUCAAGAUAGCAAAAACGGUCUUUAUUUUUGUGCUGAGAGUUAAAUGCUGAGAUGGAAACCAAUUUUGUAUCAGUUUAUUGUUAUUCUCGAGCCAGCAGCCUUGUAGUUGAACAUUAGUCCUUGGUACUAGGAAAAAGGAAAAAGCAACGGGCUGGCUCUGUCAGAAUGUAAUAAAAUCAGAUUACAAGGUAUUUUAAGGUAAACUAUGGUAUUUGUAUUUGUUUAAUCAGUACAAACUAUGAAAGAGGUCAAACCAGUAAGAAAUAUCGUGAUUAAUGGUAAAGUUCAGAGUUGCUGCUAGGUCAAUUCUGUGUUUGAAUAAAAGCCUGACUUGCUCUGUCCUCUUUUUUUUUUUUUUUUUUUUUUUUUUAUAUUACUUUUUGGGGAAAAAAAUGCAUAUUUCCAGCAUACAGUUUGAAGAAAAGAAAAUUAUAUUGUCUUGAAAUUUAAAAGGGAUGAUGGGAAAGGCUUUGCUGCUAUUUCUGGAGGAUAAAUACGACCUGUACUCAAUGCAGCUUUACAGUUAUUGAGAUCACAGUAAUCCUAAAAACCCUGUUCAGAAAACAGUUUGAUUCCUUUUCUUGGUUCUUGAAGAUGUUCGGUCUCCUACCUUUUGAGCCUUUUUUCAGUUCUGUCAGACUGAUGAGUUUUGGAUUUAAACACUGUUGUUGGCCAUUCAUUGUGUGUCAUUCAACAUUCCUUUAUAAAGGAAAAAUACUGUCCUCCAUGAAUUCACAAUAUUAUACACGUUUAUGUGGCUCUGUAUGUAAAAUAAAGCAUUGAGUAUAUCUUUCCACAAAAGAAGAAUUACUAAAAACACAGAUUAAGCAUCUUUUUACACCUAAAAAUAGAUGACAUAAUUAGUUCAAGGAAUCACUGAGCUAUAUUUUUUAAUCAUUCUAAGUAAAAGCAUUGCUCUAUAUUGCAUUGCAGAAAAAUGUUUUUGCUUCACUUUGUUUGUUUUGAGUGUUUGUUUAUAUUUUCCUUUUCCAUUCCAGUUUAAUUCUUGUUUCCUUUAAUGUGUGAAUGCUUACAGUUUUGUUCUCUCAGGGUACUCUCACAUCUCAAAACGUUUUUCUUUGUAAACCUAAAUGGUACUUUUUUAAAUGUUUCUGACAGAAAUAUAUUUUGGCCAUUUAAGUUCAAUUUCAUGCUUUUGUGACUAUAAUGAAAUGAUAUGAGACAUGUAUGGUUAAUUGUUGCAAUGUAUUUGAGUGGUAUUUUACACGCAGUGUCAAUAUAUUACCUUUUUAAUGCAAAGUCUGGAAAUUGCCAGGGACUAAAGUCUUUGUUGCUAAUGGAAAACUAAAACUGAUUUGAACAUGCUCAUUAUGAAUGUUAUAAAGUUAUUGGUUUCCGAUAUUA